AUGGAGACAGAUUGUUGCCAGUUUCUACAGAGAUGUCAGGAGUGUCAGAUGCAUGGAGACUUGAUACACGUGCCACCUUCUGAGUUGCAUGCACUUGCAUCCCCUUGGCCAUUUUCAGUAUGGGGUAUUGAUAUUAUUGGGAAGAUCUCGCCCAAGUCUUCCAGUGGGCAUGAGUACAUUUUGGUUGUCAUUGACUAUUUCACCAAGUGGGUGGAAGCUGCUUCUUAUGCUAGGUUGACAGCGGCCAGUUUCAUUAAAUCGCAUAUUAUUUGCCGAUACGGGGUCCCUCAUGAGCUGAUCUCAGACAGAGGGGUGCAUUUCAAGGGCGAGGUGGACACGUUGAUUCAAGAGUAUGGCAUUCAGCAUCACAGAUCGUCUGCGUACAGGCCGCAGACUAAUGGAGCAGUUGAGGCCAUUAGCCUGUUGGAUGAGAAGAGAUUGAGGGCGGUAGAUCAUGUUCAGGCCUAUCAGAGGAAGAUGACCCGUGCAUUCAGAAAGAAGGUCAAGCCUAGGAAAUUCUAG